AUGUCUAUAGUUGAAGAAGAAGAGGAAGAAGAUGUUGAUAUUUACCCACUACAGUUCAGGAGACUCGCGCAUUCUGAUGUUAUCAGUCGUGUUACCAACGUCACAACGAAUCUGUCACCCUAUCUUCUCUACUCAUUUUCUGGCCACGAGUGGCAGGCAAAGAGGAGUAUGAUUACUGGAGAUAAAGCGGAGACGAAGUUCAGCCACGACAUUCAACUUCCAGUGGGGACGUUACGCCAACAUGACCACAACACAGACCAGACCGAAACAUCGACAAUUCGGGGCUCUCUUUGCCCAAUCCAAUACAACAAACCCUAA